GUGACGCGCGACGGGAGUAGGGGGGAUGGGGGAGUGCAGAUGGUGCUCGAGCUGGCGGAUUAGUUAGUCCGACAGGACAGGACAACACAGAGAUUCCCAUGUAGAGAUGAGUGGCAUCAUGUGUGAUACAUAGAUAACACCUAGGUAGCUACAUACCAUCCCACUGCGUACUCAUGUAUGUAUGUACCGUCCUACAUAUCGCCGAUGAUGCGCGGUGUAUGUACAUACCGGUAGCGUGGAUUCGUGGUCAUUCGAGGCCGACCCGAGGUAUGUACAUGGACCUAUGUACCUAAGGUACCUCAUAUGUAAUCGAUUUGGCCGACGACGCAGCAACGAAUGCAUGGAACUAGAGUGUUCAGAGGAAGAGGGUUCACAGACAAAAGAUGGCGGAUGUCGUCUUGUAUUUAUAGCCCGGACAGCGUGGCUAGCACGCUGCACGCAGCACGGCCGCACGCCGCACGGUCGGUGGACGGUGGGAGCUUGCUGCAAGCCUGCAACAGCCUACAGGUGCAUACCGGCCGUGCCCGCCCGCAUGAUGAGAAGUGGGUACAGGAAGGGCGAGUGAUUGCGAACGAAGGGUGUUGUGGUAUUGGGGAGUACGUCUUCACUCCCCACCGUAAGCGGGUGAACACAGCAGCAGCAGUAUCUAGCCGGCCGUUGAAGCCACGAGUGACGAAUCCCGAUCCCUGCGCCGCUCCGCACGAACCCCACGAACCUCACGAACGCCGUGGAUCCUGCGGCGCAUGCCCGGAAAGUCACUGCACAGUGCACACAUUCUCUCCACAGCGGUCCUCCCCCUCCCUAGCGAACGGGGGGGGCGGGGACGGGCGGGGAGUGCAGCGGCGAGGAAUUCCUGUGCCCGCCACCGGCCGAGCAGCCUCUCCCGAGCCCGAGUGCCUCCGAGAGCCCGCCAGAUAUGUACCGGUAGUUACGGUAUGUAGUCGCGGUGCCCGACGCUCGCUCCCCGCCGCCGCCCGCGUGGCAGUCUCGACUCUCGCUUAAUACGGUAAUCGCGAUAACGACAGUCGUCGGGCGGGGGACCAAUGGGAAAUGGGAGGGGAGUUGAGGAUAUCAAUGGUUUCGUCUGCUCUACGGUAUCUCGUAUUUGACAUUGUACGUAGCUACUCGCUGCUCGGUGCUAUGGUACCUAGAGCAGGGUGAGCCUUGAUGCUGGAGGGCGGAUGUGCGGAUGGAUGUG